AGUGUUUUGAAGAACAUUUAUUUUUUUCUUGUGGCAUAUUUCUGUCGAUAUUUUGCGUUAUUCAUGUUUCUCGAAAAUACUUGCUUCAUGUGGUAAUUUGCCAACUGCCAGCCCACUGGGUUCUACUCUAGCAGUACUUAAGAUGAACAACGUCUAGUGGGCACAAUAGCAUUUCCACAUGAGAAAUUCCUGCUAAAGAAAGGAGGCUGGUUAAAGGCUAGAGCAUUAAUGGAGGCUUCAACAGAAGAACCAGGUCCAGAUUCAGAUUUAGCAGCUAAUAAACAAGGACAUGACAAAUCUACUGAGGGUGUUGCUGAUCAAAAGCUUUGUGUCACAAGUUCUGCUUCAACAGAAGCUGUGAAUCCCUCACCAAUUCACACUGCCCCAGCACCAGACACAAUGCCAGCUGGUGAGUCAGCUGCCCCAACCUCUGACCCAAGUCCAACCAAUCAUAAAGACCAGGAGGGGGACUCAAAGGCAGCACCCUCUGCUGAGUUGGCUAACUGCAGCCUGGACGAUGAGCCGAUCGUCUACAGCAACUAUGAGAGCGAGCUGCAGAUGCCAGAGAUCAUGAGGCUCAUCCAGAAGGACCUGUCAGAGCCCUACUCCAUCUACACAUACCGCUACUUCAUCAACAACUGGCCCAACCUCUGCUUCCUGGCGCGUCACGCGGGCCGUAUUGUAGGCGCCAUCGUCUGCAAGCUCGACUCGCAUGACUCGCACACCAAGCGGGCGGUGACCAGUCGCGGCUACAUCGCCAUGCUGGCCGUCGACCAGCAGUUCAGGAAGAGACGCAUUGGCUCCUGUCUGGUACUGAACGCCAUCCGGGCCAUGGCCGCCGAUGCCGCAGAUGAGGUGGUGCUGGAGACGGAGGUGACCAACAAGGGCGCGCUGCGACUGUACGAGAACCUGGGCUUUGUGCGCGACAAGCGUCUGUUUCGCUACUACCUGAACGGUGUGGACGCGCUGCGGCUCAAACUGUGGCUGUGGCCGCCCUAGCCGGGCCGCGCCGGCCCUCCUGCCGCCAGGAGCGGCCGCUGAAGGGAUGUCGAGUGGUUGGGAGGGGUUGGGUGGUAGCCAUCACUGCACAUAGACUCAGGACUUUGAGAAGCAGUGCUGAAUGGUGACAUACGGCUAACAAUGAAAUACUUCGGCAUUGCUGUGAAGAAGGUGUUGAGAAACAUCGUUCAUUGGCUCGCCUGGGACCGAACCGCACGCUGCGGAGCGGGCUAGUGUAAUGAAUUGACAAUACUAAAGUCACAUAAUGUCUGCCUAUCUGACUGCCGACCAGUGAGGACAUAUCGUCGAUGUGGCGGCAUUGCUGGACUGAACUGUGAAGUCACCGCCACUCGUUGAUGGUUUCGGAUUCUGCCACUCGCUGCGCCUGCCAUGUUAAACAUUAUUUGUUGAGUGGUCAUGCCAAACCAUACUAAUAGUCACUGAGUCAUGGUUGCAUCGUGGUUAAUGUCAGGAGAGUUUUGGCCGGGUAGAUGACUACUGAUGGUCCUCAGUAUUCACGGGAUGUCGGUUACGGUAGCGCCAUAUUUGGCAGCAUCAAGAGCUUCAAGUCAAAUUAUGUGUGCGUGGUAGUGAAUCGUGGUUCAGUCUAUUCUGGUGUGAAUUUAGCAUGGCUACUGUUUGAUGCGCAUGUCUGAUGUCUGAGUUUGUGGGUUGAUAGACUGGGCGGGCAUGCAAUUGUACGACAGAGAUAAGUUAUACCGUUCACACCUCAUCAAGUUGUCAUAACUGCGAAUAAAAGAACAGGAGCGUGUUACCCCGCA